AAGUAAGAUUAAAAAUCUAAACCGAAUUUAAUGGGUUAUAAUCGUACUUACAUAAUCCAUUUAAUUUCCCAACCCAAAAGAAGAAGGAAAAAGGAAGAAAGGAAAACAGAGUUUCAAGCUUAUGCGAAGUAAGUAGACAUCGUCCGAUUAGAAGAUCGAUUCAAUAGAGAAACACUGUGACACUUCUAAAAGAAAACUGGACGGCCGGGAUCUAGGCUUUGGAUCGAUCCAAUUUUUCUUCGAUUUUAUUUUAUUUUAUUUUUUGUUUUUCCUCUUCAGCAAUCAUCAUGAACUGCGAAGUCUGUCAACUCAAAGAACUGGAAGUGGAGCACUUCGAAAUACGGGAGGUUUUGCGCUGCAUUUUACAUACAAUAGUGUUUCAUAGAGCAUUAGGGCUCGUUCGGCCCAAAGAUGUUGAUUUGGAGCUUUUUGAAAUUACUUAUGUGCAAUGUGGGGAUGUGGAAGUUGAGAAGAAAAUAGAUGAGAAGAUUGAUCAUUUCAUAAGCUGGGUAGAGAAACAUCCCAAUAAGAAAAGUCAGAUAUGCUUAUCAUUUUAUGAGGUCAAAAGCAAACAGCCAUCUUGGUUCACUAACAAAACCGAGCGCCUAUAUUGGGAACAAUGGUAUCUCAAUUUGAAUGUGACUCAACACCCAAAAUCACAUUUGGGCAAAUCUCAUCAUUCCAAAGUGGUCAUUGAUCCAGGAGAUAGUGGUGCUUCUGAGGAGAGAAGUUCUCGCAGAGCAGCAGUUGAAGCAUCUCUUCGAGAGGUUCUCUUUCAAAUAAUAAAGUUUGUCAAUGAGAAGAAGGAUCAUGUUCCACCCAUAUCUGAGGGUGUCAUCUACUUUCCAUAUGAAAUUACCAUACCAAGGAAAUUUCAAUGAGGAACAAUGUUUAGAAUGGUGAGUUAAUAUUGUGCUGCAAUUACUCAGUUCAUCAGAUUCUGCUUUCGGAAUGGACAUGAUCAAGAGGAUGCUCCAGACUGGGCAUCCAACCAUGCUCAGCUGAUUAUCAGACUUUGCAAGCUAAUUCAGUUCGUAAAUCUCUUUUGGAGUAAAACAGUUCCUCUGCUCGCGAUAUUCAUAAAUGCAAAAAAAAAUUAAACUUGUAGCUAAGUGCAGAACAGACCAAAGCCGAUGAGACAGGCAGGGGUGAAUAUCUGAAGAUAUAAUAGCUAGGUGCAUAAUCGAAUCCACUAGCUUGUAAAUAUUAUCUCAUUCAUAUCCUUUUCCUUCCCUUUUUGGAGAUGCUAGCAUUUCCUGUAUGAUAUUGUUACUCAUCGAAUGAGGCAAUCAACAGCAAUAUGCUCGCUCCUUGAGCGAAAAUGAUGACCUGAUUUACAAAGGAAUGGUAUAUUUUUAGUUUAAAGCCCUCUUUUUCUGUUUGCCACCGUCAA